AUGGUUGAGUUUUUGGGACGUAUCGUGGGCGACGACACGUUAUCAGUUCCCGAUACCGAUGUUCAAACCGUCCAAGAAUGGCCUACUCCAAAGAACGUGAAAGAGCUGCAACAAUUCUUGGGAUUAACCAACUACCAUAGGGAAUUCAUCAGCAAUUUCGCUGAUAUUGCAGCACCAUUGUAUCGUCUUACCUGUAAGGACAGUGACUUCGACUGGGGAGAGCAACAGCAGCGAGCUUUUCAACUACUCAAAGCCGCAUUAACGCAACCCCCGGUACUCGCAUUUCCAAACGGAGAAGAUGAAUUCAUCUUAGACGUUGACGCAUCAGAUAAGUUUCGGUUAUAA